AUGCCCGUCGCCGUCGCAUCCAUCCCUCCCCUCCCCGCGGCGCCCCUCAAGAGCUUCGACAAGGGCAUUACACAGGGCAUGCUCGAGCCCCUGCACGAGCUCGUGCAGCCGUACUCUGCCUUCCCCAAGAAGAUCACUGGCAAGACUGUGUGGCGCCGCGAAGACUUCCUCAACGACGAGACGCUAUGGAAGCGCUUCUGGACGCCUGAGAACGUCGCCUCGCUUGAAGCUUCUUACGACGCAUGGGCCGCCAAGGGCCUCUCUCUGCCCGAGAUUGACCGCGAGACCUUCCCGCUGUCAGAGGGCGUGCGUACUUUCCUCGCCGAGAUCCGCGAGACGACGGUCCACGGCGCGGGCUUCAUCCUGAUCAAGGGCCUGCCGGUGCAGUCGUGGCCUGUGGAGAAGGCGUGCGCGGUCUACCUCGCCAUCGGGGCGGCGAUUGGUGUCGCGGUGUCGCAGAACCACAAGGGCCACAUCCUGGGCCACGUCAAGGACUUGGGCAACGACCCGACUCAGAUUGACAAGGUGCGGAUCUACACGACGACGGCGCGCCAGUACUUCCACACGGACAACGCGGAUAUCGUAGGCCUCCUCUGCCUCCAGAAGGCCAAGGAGGGGGGCGAGUCGGACGUGUGCUCGGCCCACAACUUGUGGAACACGCUGCAAGCCGAGCGCCCGGAUGUCGCCGAGCUCCUCGCCCGCCCAGACUGGUACUUUGACCGCAAGGGCGAGGUGAGCGCCGGCCAGAAGGAGUGGGUCCAGAAGGCCAUCUUCUACUACCACGACGGCCGCGUCAUCAGCCAGUACGACCCGUACUACGUCAAGAGCAUCCAGCGGUUCAUCGACGCCGGGCUCAUUCCCGGCCACACGGACGCGCAGAAGGAGGCGAUCGAAGUGCUCGAGCAGACGGCGCAGCGCCUCGCGCUCCACAUGGUCCUCGACGUCGGAGACAUCCAAUUCGUCGGCGAGAUGCACAACUUCCACGCCCGCACCGCCUACGUCGACCACGUCCCGCCCAUCCCCCGCCGCCACCUCCUCCGCCUCUGGCUCUCCGUCCCCGAAGUCGAGGGCGGGUGGAAGCGUCCCUACCCCGACUCGGGCGCCUACAAGCGCUGCGGCAUCCAGGUCAACUCGCAGAAGGAGACGUGCCCAAUCGACGCCGAGUAG